UAGUCAAGUAUGUGAGGGGUGCACGUGGAUGUCAGACCAGCAAAAGGUAAAUAUACUACUUAUAUUCAAUUUUAGUUAAUGCUUUGUUAAAGGAUCUUGUUUUAUGACUAAAAUUAAUUGUGCAGGGGUUGGUCCCAGCUAUCCAAGAGCUUCUGCCUGGGGCAGAACAAAGAUUUUGUCUGAGGCACCUGUAUGCAAACUUUAGGAAAAGGUUUGGUGGUCAAAAUUUAAAAAAUCUGAUGUGGAGAGCUGCCACAAGCACAUAUCCACAGGCUUGGGAGAGAGAGAUGCUGAAAAUUAAAGAAGUCAAUAUUGAAGCAUAUAAAUACCUCAUAGGCAUUCCCCCGAGGUUUUGGUCAAGAUCUCGCUUCACAGGUCAAGCAAUGACUGAUACACUAGAUAACAACAUCAGUGAAGCUUUCAACAGUGUUCUUAUUCAUUCAAGAGGAAAACCUAUUAUCACCAUGAUGGAGGAUAUCAGAGUUUAUCUCAUGAAAAGGUGGGCCACCAAUAGAACCAAGGUGGCAUCUAUGGACUUCACAAUAUGCCCAAAGAUAAAGAAGAGACUUGAGAAGGAAUGUAGUCUGUCAAGAUUUUGGGUGCCAAGCUGGUCUGCACGAAAGAUUUUUGAGGUUAGACAUACUUCAUCAGUUGGGAACAAGUUCACACUGGACCUGGACACAAAGGAGUGUAGCUGCAAAAAGUGGAUGAUUAGUGUCAUCCCAUGCUGUCAUGCAAUUGCAGCAAUGAACUUCUCCAACGUUGAUCCACAGAGUUAUGUCCCCACUGUGUUCACAAGAUCCACCUAUGAAGAGGUGUAUGCGUCCAUAAUUUUUCCACUCAAUGGCCACCUACUAUGGGAAACCACAAAUUUCAAUGAUGUACUACCACCACUGAUGAGGAAGAUGCCUGGGAGGCCAAAGAAAAAAAGGAGGUUGGAAGCAUGGGAGCUAACUAAGGAUGACACUCAAAUGCGUGUUGGUGGGCAUAGGAAAAAAUGUAGUAUUUGUCGUCAGAGGGGGCACAACAAGAAUAACUGCCCUUUAAAGCCCCAGCCAGCAGAAACAACACAACCAUCACAGCCUCCUCCAAGUUCCUCGACCACUCAACCAUCACAGCAACCAAGUCCCCAAUCAUCUCGGCCAACAAAAUGCAAAGUCAGAAGAAAAGAUACUUAGAUGAAUUGGGUUAUUAGAUAGUUAACUUACAUGGUGGU